AUGACUCACAAAGGAGGUAUUGAGGGUCUAAACAGGACGCUCCAGGACAUUACGGGCAGCAACCAUCUUAUGGAUGGAGUUACAGUGCUUUUGGCUGGUUACUUGGAACAGACGUUGCCUAUUGUGCCACAAGGGACAUAUGCAGAUGAAGUUGAAGUCAAAGCCUGUCUCAAGUCAUCCAUCUUAUGGCCUAAUGUCAAAGUCCUGUCCUUGAGAGUUAACAUGUAUGUGCACCUUCAAAGGUUAAAGAUGGAAGUCAGUCAGUUCCUGAUUGCUACAGGAAUAUGCUUUCUGCUAGUGCAGUUCGCAAUACUUCUUUGGACACGAAGGAAAUUCCCCCCUGGACCUGUCCCUUUCCCUCUCUUUGGAAGCCUGUGGAGAACCGGAUGGAAGAUCCGCCAGGAUACAUUCAUGAAGCUUAUAGACACUUACGGGAACGUCUUCACCUUUUGGAUAGGACACACACCAGUGAUUGUGCUAACCGGAUUCAAAGCUGUGAAAAUUGGAUUAGUUACUAAUUCCGAAGUAAUGUGUGAGCGACCAAUAUUUCCUUUUUCAAAAAUUCUGGGAGGUGGAAAAGGCAUCAUGUUUUCCAAUGGAAAAACUUGGAGGCAGCAGAGACAGUUUGGAAAUAUGACCCUUCAGAAAUUGGGAGACAUGAAAAAGAGUCUGGAAGAGCACAUACAAGAGGAGACUACUCGGCUGGUGAAGACUUUUGCCCAGGCCAAGGGACAACCACUGGAUCCUUCCCUACUGAUCAUGCAUUCAGCCACCCAAAUGAUCCACACGGCAGUUUUUGGAGAGCCUGUUCUCAAAGUGGAUGACAUGUUCCAAAAUCUUGUUGAACACAUCAGCAACAUUACAAAAUGCAGAGGCACUUUUGGAGAAAUGAUAUAUAACAUCUUUCCCUCGCUUGUGGAAUACCUCCCUGGGCCUCACAAGAAGGCAAAUUCCUCCUUUGAAUUCAUGAUUUCUUAUAUCAAAAAGAAGAUGGGAAAUUCUAAGUAUUCUCAGGCAUCUCACGAACCUCAAAGCUACGUUGACUUCUAUUUAGCUCACAUGGAUAAUGAGAAAAAGGACUCCACCUCGACUUUUCAGGAAGAAAAUUUGGUUCAGGUUAUUGUCGACUUGUUCCUGGCAGGCACAGACACAAUCGCUGUCACACUUUCUUGGGCUCUGUUUUUUAUGGGGGUUCAUCCCAAUAUUCAAGAGAAAGUACAGGAGGAAAUCCAGAAUGCACUGGAUCCCCAAAAACCCAUCUGCUACGAAGAUCGGAAGAAGCUGCCUUAUACCUAUGCCGUCCUUCACGAAGCCCAGCGUCUCAGCAGUAUCACGCUUUCCACCCUCUUUAGGUUGUGCGCAAUAGAUUUGAACGUACUUGAGUUUUAUAUUCCAAAGGGUAGCCUGGUGAUCCCUGAUCUCUGCUCCGUUCUGCUGGAUCCCAAACAAUGGGAGGUACCUCGACAGUUCAACCCUAACCACUUUUUGGAUCAAGAUGGGAAAUUUGUACCCAGAGAAGAUUUCCUUAUCUUUGGGACAGGCUCCCGCGAAUGUUUGGGGAAGACUUUGGCUCAGAUGGAGCUCUUCAUUUUCUUCACCAACCUUAUGAAAACGUUUACCUUCCAGCGGCCGGAAGAGCUAAAAGCAUUUAACAUGGAGGAUGUAAUAGAGGCUGGGAUGCAACUUUCCCCAUUGAAGAUCUGUGCAGUUCCUCGUUAA